GGUGGGUUCUAUUUGUGGUAAACAAGUACAUCUAAAUCCGUCUCUCUCUCCUACUCAGUGGGGGUUAGAUUAGAAGGUUUUCUCUCUUCUUUCUUUCUCAGCCAAAUCGAAUUGCUGUUCAUCACUUCAUCAUUACAUUCCAUUUCAUUUCUCCCCCACCCACCGUAAAAGCGAAACCCUAAUUCUGGUAAAGUUCCGUUCUAGCAAUCAUGGCCGCUGCUAGCGCCCCGAUCGCCAUGAAAGAAACAUUAACUUUGCCAAGUAUUGGAAUAAAUCCACAGCAUAUAACAUUCACGCAUGUAACCAUGGAAUCGGAUAAGUACAUUUGUGUAAGAGAAACAUCGCCGCAGAAUAGUGUUGUUAUUAUUGAUAUGAGUAUGCCGAAUCAACCAUUGAGGAGACCUAUCACUGCUGAUUCUGCUUUGAUGAACCCUAAUUCCAGAAUUCUUGCUCUUAAAGCUCAACUGCCGGGAACCACUCAGGAUCACUUACAAAUAUUUAACAUUGAAAUGAAAGCAAAAAUGAAAUCACAUCAAAUGCCUGAGCAGAUUGCCUUUUGGAAAUGGAUCUCACCAAAAAUGUUGGGUCUAGUCACGCAGACCUCGGUGUAUCAUUGGGCAAUUGAAGGUGAGUCACAGCCUGUAAAGAUGUUUGAAAGAACGGCUAAUCUAGCAAACAAUCAAAUAAUAAACUACCGAUGUGAUCCUUCUGAAAAGUGGUUGGUCUUAAUUGGUAUUGCUCCUGGGUCACCUGAGAGGCCUCAACUGGUAAAAGGGAAUAUGCAGCUCUAUUCCGUGGAUCAGCAGCGCAGUCAAGCGCUUGAAGCACAUGCAGCAUCGUUUGCCACAUUUAAAGUUCCCGGUAAUGAAACUCCUUCAACGCUUAUUAGUUUUGCCUCAAAGACUACCAAUGCUGGACAAGUUACUUCGAAGCUGCAUGUUAUUGAACUUGGUGCCCAGCCAGGUAAACCAGCUUUUACGAAGAAACAGGCGGAUCUUUUCUUCCCCCCAGAUUUUGCUGAUGACUUCCCUGUGGCAAUGCAGAUUUCACACAAGUAUGGUUUGAUAUACGUGAUUACAAAGCUUGGACUUCUAUUUGUUUAUGAUUUGGAGACGGCUACCGCGGUUUAUAGAAACCGAAUUAGUCCGGACCCUAUAUUUUUGACGGCAGAAGCUACAUCAGUUGGAGGCUUUUAUGCUGUCAAUAGGAGAGGUCAGGUGCUACUUGCGACUGUCAAUGAAGCAACCAUAGUGCCUUUUGUCAGUGGCCAAUUAAACAAUCUGGAACUUGCUGUUAAUCUUGCAAAAAGAGGAAACCUUCCCGGGGCAGAAAAUUUGGUUGUCCAGCGGUUUCAAGAAUUGUUUUCACAGACAAAAUAUAAGGAGGCUGCAGAGCUUGCUGCAGAAUCUCCCCAGGGGAUCCUCCGAACUCCUGAUACUGUUGCAAAGUUUCAGAGUGUACCUGUGCAAGCUGGCCAAACUCCACCGUUAUUGCAAUACUUCGGAACACUGUUAACUAGAGGAAAGCUCAAUGCAUUUGAGUCUCUGGAAUUAUCACGUCUUGUAGUGAAUCAGAAUAAAAAGAAUCUUUUGGAAAAUUGGUUGGCUGAGGACAAGCUUGAGUGCAGCGAGGAACUUGGAGAUCUUGUGAAGACCGUGGAUAAUGACCUUGCCCUGAAAAUAUAUAUCAAGGCUAGGGCUACACCAAAAGUUGUUGCAGCUUUUGCUGAACGAAGGGAAUUUGACAAGAUUCUUAUUUACUCGAAGCAGGUUGGGUAUACACCUGAUUAUCUCUUCCUUCUGCAAACAAUUCUACGAUCAGAUCCCCAGGGAGCUGUCAAUUUUGCUCUAAUGAUGUCACAAAUGGAGGGAGGUUGUCCUGUAGAUUACAACACAAUCACGGAUCUCUUCCUUCAGAGGAACAUGAUCCGUGAGGCCACUGCUUUUUUGUUAGAUGUUCUGAAGCCAAAUCUACCAGAACAUGGUCACCUCCAGACAAAGGUCUUGGAGAUCAAUUUGGUAACAUUUCCAAAUGUGGCUGAUGCCAUCUUAGCUAAUGGAAUGUUCAGUCACUAUGAUCGUCCUCGGAUUGCACAGCUCUGUGAAAAAGCUGGUCUUUACGUGCGAGCCCUUCAGCACUAUGCAGAAUUGCCAGAUAUUAAACGUGUCAUUGUGAAUACACAUGCUAUCGAGCCACAGUCACUUGUGGAGUUCUUUGGAACCCUCUCGAAAGAAUGGGCGUUGGAGUGCAUGAAGGACCUUUUACUUGUUAAUCUGAGGGGAAAUCUCCAGAUAAUUGUGCAGACCGCCAAAGAAUAUUCUGAGCAAUUGGGUGUUGAGGCAUGUAUAAAACUUUUUGAGCAAUUCAAGUCUUAUGAGGGUUUAUAUUUUUUCUUGGGAUCGUAUUUGAGCUCCAGUGAGGAUCCUGACAUUCACUUUAAGUAUAUCGAGGCCGCAGCUAAAACUGGUCAAAUCAAAGAGGUUGAACGCGUGACUAGAGAAUCAAACUUCUAUGAUGCUGAGAAAACAAAGAAUUUUCUUAUGGAGGCCAAGCUUCCUGAUGCAAGACCCCUGAUCAAUGUAUGUGAUCGUUUUGGUUUUGUUCCAGAUCUCACCCACUAUCUCUACACGAACAACAUGCUCCGAUAUAUCGAAGGUUAUGUUCAGAAGGUCAAUCCAGGAAACGCUCCAUUAGUUGUGGGUCAGCUACUUGAUGAUGAAUGCCCUGAAGAUUUCAUUAAGGGGCUUAUUCUUUCUGUCCGCUCUCUUCUUCCAGUGGAGCCCCUUGUUGAUGAGUGUGAGAAGAGAAAUCGCCUCCGCUUACUAACCCAAUUCUUGGAGCAUCUUGUGAGUGAAGGAAGCCAAGAUGUACAUGUCCACAAUGCUUUAGGUAAAAUAAUCAUAGACAGCAAUAACAAUCCUGAGCAUUUUCUCACGACGAACCCAUAUUAUGAUCCACGAGUGGUGGGUAAAUAUUGUGAGAAACGUGACCCUACUUUGGCUGUUGUUGCUUACCGAAGAGGGCAGUGUGAUGAUGAACUUAUCAAUGUUACAAAUAAGAACUCCUUAUUCAAAUUACAGGCCAGGUAUGUGGUGGAGAGGAUGGAUUCCGACCUCUGGGAAAAGGUUCUCAACCCUGAGAAUGAGUACAGAAGACAGCUUAUUGAUCAAGUUGUAUCAACUGCCUUGCCUGAAAGCAAGAGCCCGGAACAAGUUUCUGCGACUGUUAAAGCUUUUAUGACUGCUGAUCUUCCACAUGAGCUAAUAGAGCUUCUCGAAAAGAUCGUACUUCAAAACUCCGCCUUCAGUGGGAACUUUAAUUUGCAGAAUCUGCUGAUCCUCACAGCCAUUAAGGCAGACACGUCAAGAGUGAUGGAUUACAUAAACAGAUUAGACAAUUUCGAUGGACCUGCAGUUGGAGAGGUUGCUGUGGAGGCACAGCUCUAUGAAGAAGCCUUUGCCAUUUUCAAGAAGUUCAACUUGAAUGUGCAGGCCGUGAAUGUUCUUUUGGAUAACAUCCAAAACAUUGAACGAGCUGUGGAGUUUGCGUUCCGUGUUGAAGAGGAUGCUGUUUGGAGCCAGGUAGCCAAGGCGCAGCUCAGGGAGGGACUCGUGAGUGAUGCAAUUGAGUCAUUCAUCCGUGCGGAUGACGCUUCUCAAUUUUUAGAUGUCAUUAAAGCUGCCGAGGAUGGUAAUGUGUACCAUGAUUUGGUCAAGUACCUCCAGAUGGUAAGGCAGAAGUCUAAGGAGCCUAAAGUAGACAGUGAGCUUAUUUAUGCAUAUGCCAAGAUAGACAGGCUCAGUGACAUUGAAGAAUUUAUUCUCAUGCCUAAUGUUGCUAAUCUACCACUUGUUGGCGACCGUUUAUACGAUGAAGCGCUAUAUGAGGCUGCAAAGAUUAUAUUUGCUUUUACUUCUAACUGGGCCAAGCUGGCUGUUACCCUUGUCAAGUUGCAACAAUUCCAAGGUGCAGUUGAUGCAGCUAGAAAAGCCAACAGCGCAAAGACAUGGAAGCAAGUCUGCUUUGCCUGUGUUGAUGCUGAGGAGUUCCGUUUGGCUCAGAUAUGUGGACUUAACAUCAUUGUACAGGUGGACGAUCUGGAGGAAGUCAGUAUUUAUUACCAGAAUAGAGGCUGCUUUGAUCAGCUUAUAUCUCUGAUGGAGAGUGGUCUAGGCCUGGAACGUGCGCACAUGGGUAUCUUUACUGAGUUAGGUGUCCUUUAUGCGAGAUACCGUUAUGAGAAGCUUAUGGAGCACAUUAAAUUGUUCUCAACACGUCUUAACAUUCCCAAGCUUAUACGAGCUUGUGAUGAACAACAGCACUGGAAGGAACUUGUUUAUCUGUACAUCCAGUAUGACGAGUUUGACAAUGCAGCAACCACUAUUAUGAAUCAUUCUCCGGACGCAUGGGACCACAUGCAGUUCAAGGAUGUUGCAGUUAAAGUGUCGAAUGUUGAGCUUUACUACAAAGCCGUGCAUUUCUAUCUGCAGGAACAUCCUGACCUUAUUAAUGAUAUGCUCAAUGUACUUGCCCUUCGCGUGGAUCAUACUCGUGUCGUGGACAUUAUGCGAAAGGCUGGUCAUCUGCGUCUUGUGAAGCCUUACAUGGUUGCAGUUCAGAGUAACAAUGUAUCUGCUGUGAAUGAGGCACUGAAUGAGAUCUAUAUUGAGGAGGAGGACUACGAUAGGUUGCGUGAGUCAAUCGAUAUGCAUGAUAACUUCGACCAGAUUGGUCUUGCACAGAAGAUUGAGAAACACGAGCUUCUUGAGAUGCGGCGAGUUGCUGCUUACAUCUAUAAGAAAGCAGGUCGAUGGAGGCAAUCAAUUACGUUAUCGAAGAAAGACAAUCACUACAAAGAUGCAAUGGAGACUUGUUCACAGUCUGGGGAACGCGAACUUGCAGAAGAAUUGCUUGUUUAUUUCAUUGAUCAGGGAAAGAAGGAGUGUUUUGCCUCGUGCUUAUUUGUUUGUUAUGAUGUGAUACGACCGGAUGUUGCACUUGAACUUGCAUGGAUGAACAACAUGAUAGACUUUGCUUUCCCCUAUCUCUUACAGUUUAUCCGUGAGUACACAGGCAAAGUUGAUGAGCUUGUCAAGGAUAGAAUCGAAGCUCAAAGUGAAGUUAAAGCCAAAGAGAAGGAGGAGAAGGAUAUGGUUGCUCAACAGAACAUGUACGCACAACUGCUUCCGCUAGCCUUGCCUGCUCCACCAGGGAUGGGAGGUAUGGGUGGGGGAGGUUAUGGUCCCCCACCACCUAUGGGGGGAAUGGGUAUGCCUCCAAUGCCAGCUUUUGGAAUGCCUCCAAUGGGCAGCUAUUGAUUUUUUGGAGGGAAAAUGCUCUUCUCGCUGCCUUAGAGGAUAACAAUAUAAUUAGCGUUUUUUUUCCUUCUUUUUAUUAUUGUUUGAAGGCAGAGGUUAUAAUUUUAUUAAUAGAAAAGCAAAAGUAGGCAUUACAGAGAGUACCUGCCAUGACAAAUUGCAGAGCUAGUUAUAAUCGCCCUUUACAAUUGUUUUUUAAUGUGUAAUUAACUCUCCGAACAUUCCUAAACCAUUGGGUAUUGGCAGCCAAUAUAAAGAUAGAACUCUUCACUCCA